UGUCAAUCUGUCAGGCCCGCAUGCCCGCCCGCACACCUGCAUCACAGCGUCGCGUUGCAUCAGAAUCAGGCACCAGUUUACACUACUGCAGCGAGAUGGCCGGUCAUUCAAAGCUAACUGGAGGAAAGGCUGUUCCUGUCAUGCUCCUUCUCCCUCUUCUCUACUCCUUGGGCACUACCUGCGUUUCCAGAGACAAGUCACUCAUUCUUGUCCCGGGACGCCCACGCUCAUUCUUAUUCUAGUUCAUAACCCUUACUCUCACCCGUUCAAGACGCGCAAAUUCAUAUUUUGGGCGUCCUGCCCGCCAUUGACCUGGCCCGUCGGAUCUCGGGCCCAAUGCUCCUCCGCCGCACCGACGAUACCUAUGACGCUGAGACUUGCGAGGAGUUGGGCUUGCAGCAGUGUGGAACCGGCUGCAUUGCGUUGGACUACACCUGCUGUCCUUCCAAAACAGGGGAUCGUCCCCGUGAUAAGCACUGUGUUGUUGGCGACGACGGCAAGGAUGGAUGGUGCAAGAAUGGUUACGUUGCACCGACAACGGCGGUUACAACCAGUGCCGAGGAAGCCCAGAGCUCAACUUCCACCGAGGAGUCAAAGAGUUCAACGUCCCCUCAGAUAUCCAGCCCGUCAACCACCACCACCAGCGCCAGUCCCACAGAAGCCACCUCGGUCUCGACCAGUACCAAUGCCUCCACUAUCGCAAGCUACUCAGCCUCAACGAUCUACAUCACCACAACCAUAACCAUCAUUCCCUGCCCCGCCUCCCAUUCCUCCAGCUGCUCCCCAGACACCUCCAGCCCUCACAUAACCGUGAUCACCGAAACGCUCACCAUCUCAACAACUCUCUGUCCCAUAGUCGAGUUCCCACCCCUGCCGACCCCAACGACAAACCAUCCUCUUCCCAGUACCAUCACCCUACUCGAACCCGUCGUCACUCCCGACGUAGUCUGCCCCGGCGAAGGCAAAGGGUGGUGCCACCCCGUCACCCACAGCCACAGCCACACGCAGUCGACUGCCGUGACGGCUCUUACCCAAGGCACGGGUUACGGUACGAGUAGCAGUGUGCGCGCCGGGGCGACUUACCCGACGACGACGGCAAGGGGCAAUGAUACUGUGACAGCCACCGCGACCAAGGGUAUUGUGACGAGUGGUGCAGCAAGGAUUGACAUGGGAGGAAGGUGGGAUAACUGCCGUGUCCAAGAAGAAGAGGAGAGGAAUUUUGAUAUGCCAACGUGGGCGGUUGUGAAGUCGAAAGACUAA